CACGGGAGCCGGGGUUGGGGCUCCCAGCACCGCCUGGGUGUGGCCGGGGAGGGGUGGCAUGUCCCCAGGGAGCCGCGCUGACUCUGCCUGUCCUUCUCUUGCAGCCCCUGUGUCACCAGGAUGCUCUCGACGUCCCAGCCGAGCCCGGAGCGGGUGCCCAGCCCGGAGGAGCAGGAGUGGGCAGGGCCCGAGGCGCUGUGCCCGGGCUGGCUGGAGGACGAGGCCCCCGAUGGCGAAGUGCCCGGGGACAGCGGGGACCCCGACGGUGCCACCCACGCCUACGAGCGGCUCCAGAGCGCCCUGUGCCAGGAGGGGCUGCCCCCCACGCUGGACUGCUCCGCGGAGCCCCGCACGGGAUUUGGCCCGCUGGACAUGACCGUUUGCAUCCUGGGCUCCCCCAUCCCCUUCCUGCCGGUCCUGCUGGAGGGUGGCACCCGCUGCCCAGGUGCCAUGGUGCUGUGCCUGUCCCCCACCUGGGCCAGCCGGGUGCCAUCGGAGUCGUCCCCAGGCGCCUGGUCCCUGCUGCUCUCCCGGGGCGUCUCCUUCAAGGUGGGGGGGCACAGCGCCCUGGAGACCUUCGUGCCCCCCCGCCGCGCCAACUACGUGACGGGCACCUUCGCGCCGGGGGACCAAGAGGGCGGCUGGGUGGGCGAGCUGGCCCGUGACCUCGACUGCCCCACGGGGGGCUCGGUCCCGCUCGCCCACCGCCUCGAGGACACGCUGGUCACCCGCUGCGUGCUGGCGGCUCACACCAACCUGCCCGUGCCCCCCACCCUGGCCUUCGUCCUGGGGGCCAGGGAGGACCUGCCCGCCGAGCCCGUGGCCCCCGGGGUGAGGCUGGUGCGGCUGCAGGACCCCCAGGGCCAGCAGAGCCUGGUGCAGGAGGAGGUGGGCACCUUCCUGGGGGGCACCGCCAUGGAGCCCUACGGCCAGGUGGUGGUGCGGCCGGCGGGGUGGCGGUGGCGGGGGACAGGCGCCCGCAGCACCCACAGGAAGGAGGAGGGGGCGGCGGUGGCGCAGGCGGUGGGUGCCCGGCUCCGGGGGCUGACGGAGGAGGACAGCGUCCUGCUGGAGGCCAUGGUGCCCACCGCCCGCCUGCCCGUGCCCCCCCCACGCAGCCCAGCCCCGCGGCUGCCCAUGGCCCUGCGCAUCUGCACCCUCGUCUGCAGGUCCUGGGGGGACCGGCCCCAGCUCUGCCAGGUGGCCUGCGCCGUGGGACGCGCGGAGAGCCCGGUGCGUCACGGCGCGGCGCUGCCCCAGGGCCUGGACUCCAGCCUGCAGCAGUGGGGGGUGGUGGCCCCCAGCCAGCGACAGGCGCUGGCCACGCGGCUGCGGGAGGCCACCGAGGCCGCCGCGGCCGCCCUCCUGGCCAGCGAGGCCGAGCUGAGCCCGCGGCAGCGCGGCGGCAGCCGUGCCCACACCGACAUCCUGGGCGUGGACUUCCUGCUGGCGUGCGUGGAUGACGCGCUGGAGCUGGUGGCCCUGGCCACGAACGGCCAGCGGUGCCUGGAGACCUGCGUGCUGGCCGAGGCCAUGGGGCGCGGCGUGGGCGAGCCCCGCGGGGAGCUGCCGCGGCUGCUGGCCGAGGCCAUGCUGCACCGGGCGCAGCGUCACCUGGUCGAGGGCAAGGACAUCCUGCUCAUCGGGGCCGGGGGAGUCAGCAAGAGCUUCGUGUGGGAGGCGGCCCGCGACUACGGGCUGAGGAUCCACCUGGUGGAGUCGGACCCGGAGCACUUCGCGGCGGGGCUGGUGCAGACCUUCCUGCCCUACGACAGCCGGGAGCACCGGCGGGACGAGGAGCACGCCGAGCGGGUGCUGGAGCUGCUGCGCUCCCGGGGGCUGCGGCCCCACGCCUGCCUCUCCUACUGGGACGACUGCGUGGUGCUGGCGGCCCUGGUGUGCCAGGGGCUGGGGCUCCGCGGCCCCGCGCCCGCCGCCGUGCGGGUGGCCAAGCAGAAGAGCCGCACGCACCGGCACCUGCAGCGCUGCCGCCGCGGCCGCCCGCCGCCCGCCGCCUUCGCCGUGCCCUGCCGCCGCCUGCGGAGCCACGGCGACGUGGAGCGGGCGGCGGGCGCCGUGCCCUUCCCCGCCGUGGCCAAGCUGGAGUUCGGCGCGGGCGGCGUGGGCGUGCGGUUGGUGGAGAACGCCGGGCAGUGCCACGCUCACGCCGCCCGGCUCUGGAGGGACCUGCGCGACGACGCCGACCACCCGGGCAUCGGGCUGGGCUGGGGCAACGCCAUGCUGCUCAUGGAGUACGUGCCGGGCACCGAGCACGACGUGGACCUGGUGGUCUUCGAGGGGCGGCUGCUGGGCGCCUGGGUGUCGGACAACGGCCCCACGCGUGUCCCCGCCUUCCUGGAGACGGCGGCCUGCCUGCCCUCCUGCCUGCCCGCCGACCGGCAGGCGCAGCUGGUGCGGGCGGCGCUGCAGUGCUGCCGGGCGUGCGGGCUGCGCGACGGCGUCUUCAACGUGGAGCUCAAGCUGGGCCCGGCGGGGCCGCGCCUGCUGGAGAUCAACCCCCGCAUGGGGGGCUUCUACCUGCGCGACUGGAUCCGCCAGGUCUACGGCCCCGACCUGCUGCUGGCCGCCGUGCUGGUGGCGCUGGGCGUGCCGCCCGUGCUGCCCGCCCGGCCCGCGGCCCGCACGCACCUGGCCGGGGUGAUGUGCCUGGCGUCCGAGCACGGCGAGAGCCUGGCGGGCGGCGGCGGCAUGCGGGCUCUGCGGGAGCUGCACGGCCGCGGGCUCGUCCGCCUCAACCGGCUCUUCGAGGAGCCCGAGGGCGCCGGCGAGUACGAGGAGCCGCUGCUGAGCGUGGCGUGCGCCGGGGCCACGCUGGCCGAGGCCUGCGAGCGCCUGCUGGGGCUCUGCCAGGGGCUGGGCAUCGACUCCCCGCGAUAUCCCGUGGAGCAUUUCUUGUCCCACUUCAAAUAGCGCCGGGCAGGCAGCGGGGAGAGCGGGGGAAUGGGUGCCCCGGCACGCCCCGCCCCCGCCGCCCCGCCGCCCCUCCCCGGCAUCCCCCCGGCACCCCCAUCCCGUGGCCUGGCACGCCAUGUCCUGGCACCCCCGUACCGCCCUGGAUCAGUCACCGGCCCUGCCACCCCAUUGCCUGGCACUCCCCUUCCUCCUGGCACUCCAUCCCCUGGCAUCCCCUCGCUCCCCUGGCAGCCCAUCCCCUGGUAUCCUGACAUCCCAUCCACUGGGAUCCUCCUAUUAACCCGGCACUCCAUCCCCUGGCAUCUCCCGACUCUCCUGGUGCCCCAUUCCCUAGCAUUUCCCGACUCUCCUGGUGCCCCAUCCCCUGGCAAUUCCCGACUCUCCUGGUGCCCCAUCCCCUGGCAUUUCCCGACUCUCCUGGUGCCCCAUCCCCUGGCAUUUCCCGAUUCUCCUGAUGCCCCAUCCCCUGGCAUGGUGAAAUCCCAUCUCCGGGCACCCCCCGCACUACUCUGACACCCCAAUCCCGACAUCCCCCAUGUCCUGGCACCACAUUCCCUGGCAUCCCCGUCCAUCCUGGCACUUCAUCCUUCCACCACACUGACAUCCGCUCUCCCAGUCCAGGUGCCCCAUCCCCUGGCAUCCCUCCAUUACCAUGGCAUCCCAUGCCCCGCUUCCCAGCGUCCCUCCCUGUCCCCCCUGCCCGGUCCCUACAGUCUCUACCCCCUGUCCCUGGGUCAGCUGGGGGUCCCAUGCCUGGGGACACACAGAGGGACACUGACCCCUGCUGUCCCCGUGCCAUCCCCGGGGGGGGGCAGCCAGGACCCCCGAAGCACCCAGGCCACCCCACGAGAGCAGCAGGUGAAGCGUGAGGUGCGCUGGCACCUGCUGGCAUGGGGACACCCUGCAGUAACUAACCAUUAUGGGGGGACCCCAUAAUGACAAAGAAUUACUGGGACAUCCCAUAGUAACAAAGAAACAUGGGGAGACCCCACAAUAACACACACCAGCAAGGGGAGACCCCACAGUAACAGACUGAGGUGGGGACACCCCACAAUGACACCCUCGAAGGGAAGACCUUACAAUAACAAAAGGGGAGAACCCACAGUAGCAAACCAGUGUGGGGACACCCUGCAGCAGCACACCCUGAAAGGGAGACCCCACGAUAACAAACUGGCACGGGGACACCCUACAAUGAUAGACCUGCACCAGGGGACCCUACAACAACAGAGGGGUACCCAGGGAUUCCCUGGAGCAGCUCAGAAAAUCCUCUGGGAAGACUUGUGUGACGUGAUGUAGGGCUGUCACUGGGGAGGCCCUACAGUAACACCAGUGACUACACGAACACCCAGCCCCUGAAAUGUCUGAGAUCCUGCAAUAACACCAGGCACCCUACUCUAACACAGAGCCCCUGAAGUGCCCCUGACCCUACAAUAACAGCAGUGACCCCACAAUAACACCCAGAUCCUACAGCCCUCACGACCCUCAAUAACACCAGAGAUCCUACAAUAACACAGAGCCCCUGUAGUGCCUGAGAGCCUGCAAUAACACACAGCCACUUUAGUGCCUGAAACCCUACAAUAACACCGGCGACCCUACAAUAACACCCAGCCCCCGCAGUGCCCCUGACCCUACAAUAACACCAGCGACCCUACAAUAACACCCAGCCCCCGCAGUGCCCCUGACCCUACAAUAACACCAGCGACCCUACAAUAACACCCAGCCCCCGUAGUGCCCCUGGCCUUGCAAUAACACAGAGACCCCACAAGAGCACGCAGCCCCCCAGUAACAGCAGUGACCCCACAACCACCCCGGUGACCCCACAAUAACCCCGGUGUCCCGCAGCCCCACUCGUGCCCUGCAACCCCGCGGAAACCCCGACCGGGAUCUCCGCCCGGGGUCACCGGGAUGUCCCCCUCUCUUCCUGCCCCCUCCUCUGACGUCACGGCGGCGCCGCUGACGUCAGCGCGGCGCAGGGGGGCGGGGCGGGCCCGGGGACCCCAGUAAAGGCUGUGAGCGGC